AAAUGAAAUAUAUACAUUAUAAGAAGAAGAUGAAGAACACACAUUUUUGCUCUCAACUCUCAACCGCUCAACGUCCGUCACCGUCAGUCCGUUCGUCAUACUCCACCGUUUGUGUAACCGCUCAAUAACUUCUCUAAUCAAUUUCAGGUGGAUUGUUUUUGUAUAAAUCAUUUCUAGACAAUGUUGGGAGGAAGUAACAAGAAUUCCUUACCCCCUGUUUUUCUUGACGAGAACGUUUUCCAGUAUCCUUCCAAUGCGUCAAAUCAGUUGCAGCUAUUUGGAAAAGUAAAUUAUGACCAUAAUAGUCCCGCUUUUCGGCCCAACAAACGCACAAGGGAAGUCGAUGCUAGUUUUACGCAAAAUAAACUUCCGAUUUCACUGAAUCACAACUUUUAUCACGAUGAUUCUGAUCGACCUUCAACUAUCCCGACCCCACACCAUGUAUCAACCGGCUUAAAAUUAUCAUAUGAUGACGAGGAACGUAAUUCAUCAGUCACUUCAGCAAGUGCAAGUAUGACUUUAGCACCGUCAGUCAUGUCUUCUAUUGGCGAUAGUAUUACAACGGAACUUGAUCAGCACAAAGAAGAGUUUGAAAGAUUCUUUAUGAUUCAGGAAGAAAAGAUGUUGAAAGGAAUUCGAGACAUAAGGCAGAGACACAUGAGUUCGUUUCUGGCGGCUAUCGAGAAAGGGGUAAAACAUAAACUACAUGAAAAAGAAAUCGAAAUAGAAAACAUCAACCGUAAAAACAAGGAACUUAUGGAGAGAGUAAAACAGGUGGCGAACGAAGCCCAAAACUGGCACUACAGAGCAAAGUACAACGAGUCAAUGGUCAACUUACUGCAAACAAAUCUUCAACAGGCACUGACUCGUGGAAACGACAAUCGUUUUCAAGAAGGAUUUGGAGACACUGAUGCUGAAGUGUCAUCUAAUGAUUAUGUUGGAUUAACAAACAAUGUCGGGAAGUCUACAUGUAAAGCUUGUAGGGCGAAUGAGGUGUCGGUUUUGGUUAUGCCUUGUAGACACCUAAGUUUGUGUAAAGACUGUGAUAGUUUUACGCCUGUUUGUCCUGUUUGCCAGACGGUUAAAACGGUAAGUGUGGAAGUGUACCUCUCAUAACGUAUGUAACUCCCAAAAUCUUAUUAAUGUUUUAGUAGCAUUAUGACAUAUGAAACUUUUCAACUCC